AUUUAAUGACAUUUUUUCAAUUUCACCUCUCACGAGUAUGUUGACUUUGCAUAUUGGUUAGUUAGACUAUUAAUAUUUUAUUAAACAACACCAUGUCACCUCAAGUUCCUAUACACAUAAGUGUGGAGAAGAAAGGGAUUGUUGCUGUUCUUACUAUGUCUGGAUCACAAAAUCGAAUUAAUAUGAUAUUUUGUGACAAGUGGAUGGAAGCACUAGACAAAGUAGAAAGCUGGCCAGAUGUGAAAGCUCUGGUCACGACUGGUUCUGGCAAGUUUUAUUCAAACGGACUCGAUCUUGAAUAUUUGAUGGGGAUUUCCCAAGAGGAGUUUGCAGAAUAUGGCAAACGAUUCAUGGAGCUGCGAAAGCGUUUGUUAUGUUUCCCCAUGGUAACUGUUGCGGCCAUUAAUGGUCAUUGUUUUGCUGGUGGAGUGAUUUUCGCUCUUCUUCAUGAUUACUGUGUCAUGCAAAAUGGGAAAGGAUGGAUGUGCUUGAAUGAAGUUGAUUUGGGAAUGCAAAUGCCUCCAUUUGUUCAAGUGUUGUUAAAAACCAAAUUUUCACCAAGCCAGAUACGUGAUGCAGUAAUAUAUGGAAGACGUUACACUGCCUCUGAAGCACUUGAAUUUGGUUUAAUUGAUAAAGUUGCGAAUGAGGGCCAGGCUGUUCAAGCUUCUGUAGAUAUGGCUCGUUCUUUAGUGGAGAAACGAACAUAUGCAAGACAGAUGGUCCAUGAUAUGAAAUCGGAUCUUUAUAGUCAUAUCCUUACAGUGGAUGAGCAUUCUCGCCCAAGUCCCACUACUGAGCAGAAGUCAAGACUUUAGCAUCUAAUUGCAAGAUAUUAAGGUUACAACUGAUCAGUAUUCUACUUUACAACAUGAUUAGUCAAUGAGUCAUUGUUGCAGCUAGUUAUUCUGUCAUUUGUUAAUUCAUUUUUCUUUGAUCCUGCCAUUGCGUGUAUGAAGGCAUUUUCAGCGUAAAAAUGUGUAUUUCUUCACAAAAGUGAAAUUGGCAGUUACCACAGAAUUAAUGAGGCCUUUUUCAAUAUAUAUGAAAUAUGUAUCAAUUUUAAUAUAUUAUCACUGAUAUAUUAGAAUGGUGCUAACACCAACCAGACUGUAAAAGAUAAUUAGCUUGACAUCAAAGCUAUAUUAUUUGUGUGUAUGUAUAUUUCAAGUGCAAUUGAUUUUUGUUUCAUUCACUAAAUACUGUAUUUCCACCAUAUUGAAAUUAUGCAAUUUUAAUUCCGAAUUUGAUGUACCGGUACUUGUUUUUGAGUUCAUAUAAUUUAAAAUCUAUUUUCAAAUAAUUUUAGA